AUGGUAGUAGAUGCCAGGCACAACAGGUUUGACUACGUCAAGAUCUGCAACACUGCUGGGGCCAUACCAGUUCAAUCUCCCCACCAGCCACACCAGUUCAGUCUCACCUCCAGCCACACCAGUUCAGUCUCACCUCCAGCCACACUAGUUCUCCAUCUCACCUCCAGCCACACCAGUUCUCCGUCUCACCUCCAGCCACACCAGUUCUCCGUCUCCCCACCAGCCACACCAGUUCUCCGUCUCCCCACCAGCCACACCAGUUCUCCGUCUCACCUCCAGCCACACCAGUUCUCCGUCUCCCCUCCAGCCACACCAGUUCUCCGUCUCACCUCCAGGCACACCAGUCUCACCACCAGCCACACCAGUUCUCCAUCUCACCUCCAGCCACACCAGUUCUCCGUCUCACCUCCAGCCACACCAGUUCUCCAUCUCACCUCCAGCCACACCAGUUCUCAAUCUCACCUCCAGCCACACCAGUUCUCCGUCUCACCUCCAGCCACACCAGUUCUCCAUCUCACCUCCAGCCACACUAGUUCUCCGUCUCACCUCCAGCCACACCAGUUCUCAAUCUCACCUCCAGCCACACCAGUUCUCCAUCUCCCCACCAGCCACACCAGUUCUCAAUCUCACCUCCAGCCACACCAGUUCUCCGUCUCACCUCCAGCCACACCAGUUCUCCAUCUCACCUCCAGCCACACCAGUUCUCCGUCUCACCUCCAGCCACACCAGUUCUCCAUCUCCCCACCAGCCACACCAGUUCUCAAUCUCACCUCCAGCCACACCAGUUCUCCGUCUCACCUCCAGCCACACCAGUUCUCCGUCUCACCUCCAGCCACACCAGUUCUCAAUCUCACCACCAGCCACACCAGUUCUCUGUCUCCCCACCAGCCACACCAGUUCUCAAUCUCACCUCCAGCCACACCAGUUCUCCGUCUCACCUCCAGCCACACCAGUUCUCAAUCUCACCUCCAGCCACACCAGUUCUCCGUCUCACCUCCAGCCACACCAGUUCUCCAUCUCACCUCCAGCCACACUAGUUCUCCGUCUCACCUCCAGCCACACCAGUUCUCAAUCUCACCUCCAGCCACACCAGUUCUCCAUCUCCCCACCAGCCACACCAGUUCUCCGUCUCCCCACCAGCCACACCAGUUCUCAAUCUCACCUCCAGCCACACAAGUUCUCCGUCUCACCUCCAGCCACACCAGUUCUCCGUCUCACCUCCAGCCACACCAGUUCUCCGUCUCACCUCCAGCCACACCAGUUCUCAAUCUCACCACCAGCCACACCAGUUCUCUGUCUCCCCACCAGCCACACCAGUUCUCUGUCUCACCUCCAGCCACACCAGUUCUCUGUCUCACCUCCAGCCACACCAGUUCUCCGUCUCACCUCCAGCCACACCAGUUCUCUGUCUCCCCACCAGCCACACCAGUUCUCAAUCUCACCUCCAGCGACACCAGUUCUCUGUCUCCCCACCAGCCACACCAGUUCUGUCUCCCCACCAGCCACACCAGUUCUCCGUGUCACCACCAGCCUUUUUUUUCACACCUAAAGGAAUCCUGA